GCCGCCGCACUGUCAUCAGGCCCGGUCCCGUUGCCGCAUCUCCCCCCCCGGGCCGCAGUGCCCUCACAGGCCGGUAGGGGGCGGCCGGGCACCGGCGGAGGCGGCGUCCUCGGGUUGCCCGGAGACCGCUCCGUCUAUGGAGAGGGAGGAACACGUGCGGCUGCCGGGCGGACACUCCGGAGACAGCGGCGGCCGGGCAGCGUGCGGACCAGUCCCGGCAUCCGGCAGCGGGGGCCCCGGGGCUCUGACACCCUCCACACUCCGCUCACCCGGACUGUGCGCACCCUCCCCCGGGCACCGCUGCUGCAGGAUUAUCUCACCCGGGCGUCAGGCAGCAGUGGGGUCACCUCACCCUGUGGAUAUAGGAGACUGGAGCCCCCUGCAGGAUGAGGAGUGCGGGCUGCUGGGGCAUCUGGCUGCUGCUGCCACUGGGGCUGAGGGGUUUAGUUACUGCUCUGCAGGUGAUCAUAGAAAAGGAGAAUAUACAGGUGGCCCGAGGUCAGUCCGCCGGACUCUUAUGCACUUUUACCACCAGUGCGGCGCUCACGAACCUCAACAUUAUCUGGACUGUUACCCCUUUGUCCAAUGCCAACCAACCUGAGCAGAUCAUUAUCUAUCAGGGCGGCCAGGUUUUCACUACCGCAGCGCAGUUCCAAGGCCGAGUGGGUUUUAUGCAAACCAUGCCAAACACAAACGCCUCCAUAUAUAUAAACAACACUCAGCUGUCCGACACCGGGACCUACCAGUGCAUGGUGAACAACUUCCCUGACCGGGCCCUGCGCAACAUUGGCGUUGUGGGAUUUACCGUAUUAGUGCCUCCAUCCGACCCCCUUUGCAACAUCCAGGGUUCGCUAGACGUCGGGAGCGACAUCACUCUGUCUUGCCACUCGGAGGAAGGGAUUCCCAGGCCCACGUACUUGUGGGAGAAGCUGAACAGCAAUCUCCCCCACCCUGCAGCUCUAACACAAGACCAGUUUCAAGGUACAAUUAUACUGAAGAAUAUUAGCACUGCAUCCUCAGGACGAUACCAAUGUGCAUCCUCCAAUCUAAUGGGUACCAGAACCUGCCUUCUCGACCUGCAAGUGGUUGCACCUCAGCAUCACAGUAUGGGUCUUCUAGCUGGAGCCAUCGCUGGGGGAAUAUUGGUGCUGGUCAUCUGUAUAGCGGUUGUGGCCGUUGCGUUAUCCUACUGGAGGAACAAGCAUAAAGAAGAGGAGGACGAGAUACCUAAUGAGAUAAGAGAGGACGAUCUUCCUCCAAAGUGCUCCUCCUCUACCAAAGUCUUUCACCCCGAUGCCUCCUCCUCCGAGCAUGAAACACUGACGUCCACCAACACCUUCAACGGUCACUACUGGAACAACGCCAAGUCUAAUUACUCCACCGGUUCUUACGUCCACUACAAUUGCAAUGGCUGCCGCCAGUCCACUGCUCGUUCCAUAGCAGGUCACCCAAGGCCUACGUAUGCCAAUGGCGGACAACCUUCUUCAGGUCCUCCAAAGACAUUGGUGGUUACAGCUAAUACCGCCCCCUCUCCGAAGACUGGAGCUAGAAGUAAUGGUACCGUUGGUAGAAAAGCCAAACCGUCCCAAACUAGGUCUUACGCUGUCAGCCAGGCCACGUUGGAGCGGAUAGGGGCGGUACCGGUGAUGAUCCCAGCACAAAGCAGAGCUGGGUCGCUAGUAUAGAAAACGUGUACAACUAUCUAGGGGUAAAAAGAGCUGUGUUAGCAUGUGGUGGGAUGAUAGGAUAUCAUCCGUACUCCUCUGUUAUUUCCUUCCAUCCAGGCAGUCUACGGAAGAAAUUGCUGGAAGCGGCCAUUCCUUUGCUCUUGUGCGAGCAAACAGAACCUUGGGCCAAGGAUUAAGCAGUGGAAGAGUGGACAGUUUGGCGAGAUUGGAACUCGUCUUUGUAGUGCCAAGCACAGCCCCAGGGCUUCCAACGCAGAAUAGCAUAUGUGCCUCCCUAGCUCCUGUCCAGCUCCACACACAGCCCCAUCACCGGCCUCUUUUUAUUUGCAAACAUCUGCCGUCUUUUGACCUCUUAUUUCUGGAUCAAGUGACCAUGGUGCUAAGAAACCCCUAGCCAGAACUUGCCCCACUUAUCACCAGCUAAUGUCCCCACCGUAGAAGAAGUAGCAGCCCCGUCCCUUAGUUCUUCUUUCACUGCAGCACUUUAUCAAUAGCGCCACCUAGCUUUGUGGGGGAGCAUUACACAGAGCCCUGCUUUACGAGACCGCCAAGGAUGAAGGCAAAGUGGGACUACACGUUGUAACGUAGCAUCCAGAACAUAAACUGUACCUAUACAGUUGUCAGAUUACAGAUUAAUUCUUCAAAUAUUCUAUUUUGAAACCAUAUACACAGAGAAUAUUUUACAGAUGUCACUAUAUAAGAAAGCACUUUUAUUUUCCCGUUAUGGGGCUGUUGUUGUGUACUGUAGGUUAACGUUAUACCAACUUUGCCCAGCUAGGUGCGCCGGAGGGUGUGUGUUUGUUGCCACCAGGUUUCCAAAAAGUUUUCCAUAGUCCCAUUCUUUGUUUUGUUCUUACCUGUUGGUUUAGAGCAGGUGUAGGCUAGCAGUAACUCGCGAAUUGGGGAACUGCACAUGGGCAUGCAGUGACUUGUAGUUCUACUAAUUCUGGGUACGCGUCGCCUACACCUGGUUUUAGUUCAUCGUAUUGCAGUUCGUUCUAUAGCUUUACUGAAGCCACGUGUUUGUUUUAGUUUUUUUUAAAAAUUGGUGUGAUCCACGUUCAGCCCCAUCCACGCAGGUUGUUUAUAAUGGCUUGAAACUCCGGCCAGUUCCACUAUUGGGGCUAUAAAAUUACUGUAUUUGCUUAGCCCAUUCCUGAUGGAGUGAAAUCUUGGGCCUGCAGUGUUUUUACGUGCCUGAAAAUCGCUCUUUCUGGAGUUUUUAUACUUUGUACUCAAGAGCCCAAAACUCUGGAGUUCCAAGUGUUUUAUACCUCGAUCGAUGAGAACGUUUUCCAUAUUUUUUUUCUUUUUUUGCCAAUAUCAUCCUCUUAAUACUGUAACCUGUACCGGAGGAAUCACGCGAUCGUUUCUCAGUGUUUUGUGUCAUUGUUUUAUGUUGAGAUUUUAUAAUAUUACCUUUAACCAAAGUCCUUUUACCGUAAGACAUCUAACAGGGCGCUGGACCCUUCUGUCCAAUAAAUUGCUAUCCUGAAAGCAGGUAAAGUACAAAAAAACAUUUCCGUGGUCAGAUCACAACCAGAUUUCCCAAUUGACACCCAUCCCAAAUGGUUUCGUGGCUUUAGAUACAAUACAUUCACUCUCUUUAAAUAGUAAUAAUGAUUUAAAUAUGAUGUCAAUUAACCAUUUGCUGCAUUCUUCUAGUAAGUCAGUAAGCAUGUGAAUGAGCCCGGAUGCAUCUUGAAUAAUUUAUCCCGGGAUAUGUGGGGUUGUCUUAAAAAGCUUUCGUAUGUUAUUCUAAAAAUGGUGAGAAAAAAAAAAUAAUCCAAAAAGGACUUAUAAACCAUAACUUCCAAUAACGCAUAUUUAUAUUUUGUGUUACCCAGUACUUCAGUAUUCUCCAAAGUAUGCAUUUUGACCGCAAACGAAUGUCUUAGUGAUGACAAUGGAUAGCUGCGGUGCCUAGUGUUAUAUUAAUGACUUGGAUAAAGAAACGCAAUACUUGCAGCACAGCUUAGCGGCAUCCAAUGAGCCCCCUAUAGGGUGGGACGCUUGGCAGCACACUGGCACAGAGAUGUAUGGCUUGCAUGGCAGUAGGGUAUAAAAUGUAUGGAUGCAGCUGCUGUUAUGAGGAUGGCAUAGAUCAUUUGGUUACAAUCAUACAUCCACUCAAAAUUGGCAUAAAAGGAUAUGACAGUAUCAGAGUCACCGCUGCAACCGUGCAGGAAAUGGGGGCUUCAGUCGCCUUGCAAGCACAGGGGUCUACAGCUGCCCCCAAUAGCAUGCAAGCGCUGGUACUGUACACUUACUGGGAUUAGCGGUUACAGUCCCCCUACUAGUAUGCAAGUGCUAGCACUGUACACCUACUGGAAUUAGCGGCUACAGUCCACCCACUAGCUUGCGAGCGCUGGUACUGUACACUUACUGGGAUUAGCGGUUACAGUCCCCCUACUAGUAUGCAAGUGCUAGCACUGUACACCUACUGGAAUUAGCGGCUACAAGUCCACCCACUAGCUUGUGAGCGCUGGUACUGUACACUUACUGGGAUUAGCGCUACAGUACCCCUACUAGUAUGCGAGUGUUAAUACUAUACACCUACUGGCAUUAGCAGUUACAGUCUCCCUACUAGUAUGCGAGUGCUAGCACUGUACACCUACUGGAAUUAGCGGCUACAGUCUACCCACUAGCAUGCGUGUGCUUGUACUGUACACCUACUGGCAUUAGCGGCUACAGUACACCCACUAGCAUGCGUGUGCUUGUACUGUACACUUACUACAAUUAGUGGCUACAGUCUACCAACUAGCAUGCGAGUGCUGGUACUGUACACUUACUGGAAUUAGCAGCUACAGAACCCCCUACUAGCAUGUGAGUACUGGUACUGUACACCUACUAGAAUUAGCGGCUACAGUCCACACACUAGAAUGCGAGUACUGGUAUUGUACACCUACUGGCAUUAGCGGCUACAGUCUACCGACUAGCAUGCAAGUGCUGGUACUGUACACCUACUGGCAUUAGCAGUUACAGUCCCCCUACUAGUAUGCUAGUGCUAGUACUGUACAUCUACUGGCAUUAGCAGUUACAGUCCCCCUACUAGUAUGCGAGUGCUAGUACUGUACACCUAUUGGCAUUAGCCGCUACAGUCUACCCACUAGCAUGCAUGUUCUGGUACUGUACACUUACUGGCAUUAGCGGCUACAGUCUACCCUCUAGCAUGCGUGUGCUUGUACUGUACACUUACUGGAAUUAGCAGCUACAGAACAUCCUACUAGCAUGUGAGUUCUGGUACUGUACACCUACUGGCAUUAGCGGCUACAGUCCACACACUAGCAUGCAAGUGCUGGUACUGUACACCUACUGGCAUUAGCAGCUACGGCCACCGACUAGCAUGCGAGUGCUGGUACUGUACACUUACUGGGAUUAGCAGCUACAGAAGCCCCCACUAGCUUGUGAGUGCUGGUACUGUACAUCUACUGGCAUUAGCGGCUACAGUCCCCCUACUAGUAUGCUAGUGCUGGUACUGUACACCUCCUGCAAUUAGUGGUUACAGUCUACCCACCAGUAUGCGUUUGCUGGUACUGUACACCUACUGGCAUUAGCGACUACAGUCUACCGACUAGCAUGCAAGUACUGGUACUGUACACCUACUGGCAUUAGCAGCUACAGUCCCCCUACUAGUAUGCUAGUGCUAGUACUGUACACCUACUAGAAUUAGCAGCUACAGUCUACCCACUAGCAUGCGAGUGCUGGUACUGUACACCUACCGGAAUUAGCAGCUACGGCCACCGACUAGCAUGCGAGUGCUGGUACUGUACACUUACUGGGAUUAGCGCUACAGUCUCCCCACUAGUAUGUGAGUGUUAGUACUGUACACCUACUGGAAUUAGUGGCUACAGUCCACCCACUAGCUUGCGAGUGCUGGUACUGUACACUUACUGGAAUUAGCAGCUACAGUCCCCCUACUAGUAUGCGAGUGCUAGUACUGUACACCUACUGGAAUUAGUGGCUACAGUCUACCCACUAGUAUGCGUGUGCUGGUACUGUACACCUACUGGCGUUAGUGGCUACAGUCCCCCUACUAGUAUGCUAGUGCUGGUACUGUACACCUACUGGCAUUAGCAGCUACAGUCCACCCACUAGUAUGUGAGUGCUGGUACUGUACACCUCCUGCAAUUAGUGGCUACAGUCCAUCCACCAUUAUGUGAGUGCUUGAGUGACUCUUGAUCUGCAUCUCCCUCUGUUCUUAUUGGGGCAGAAAUGGAAGGUAAUAAAGCAAUUACCAAGCCACAAUUUACACCAAAUAUUAAUAAUAUGCCUCUGCCAUGGUUACAUUUGCAUUGACAGCCUCAAGUAUAAAUCUCCCAUCCUGCAUCCUGCGUAAGACUUUCAGACGCCCGGCCUGCCGCAUGAACGCCUGUUUCUUCAGUGAUGUUAGAAGAAAGAAUGUCCAAAUAAAUUUUCUUAUGCAUCAGUAUAGUAAUAUCAGGAACAUAGAACACUCUGUAUCGCUGCACACCAAUCAUUUCACCCACUAGCGGGGGUUUAUUCCGGCAACGGCAGCAAAGCCUUUUAGGUGUGGACUGGUGAUAUACACUGCUGUACCGUCCGGUGCUGCCGGGCUGUGUCUUUAUACCAGAGGAACCCUGCAUGGAGCAUACCGUAUAUGUCCAAGCAGAGUAUGGCUGACCAAGUGGGAUGAAGGCUGUGGCAUCUACAAUGUCAUAUAUGCCCCUUGGACUGUAAAAAUGGCCCAUGCUUCCUGUCCUGCCUCCCUAGAAGAUCGGGCCGUUGAAGGGGGAGACACAACUGUCUCUCUGUAGUUCCUCCACUGUUUAUAUUAGAAUGUAUUGCAUAGUUGAAAUUCAGGGGAACCCACUUGGGGUGACCUCAGUGGUAGUCCAAAUCUGUACUACCCUCAGGUCUCUUGAGACCGGGCCUCUGCCUUGCCAGUAGUCCACCUUUUCCGUCAUCUUCCACCUGGCUGCUCGUAGUCAUGGCGGCUCUUGCACGCCUCCACUUACCGCAAAUCCGUAAGUCUUUAUAUAGCAAGACGUCUUGUAUCUCCAAAUUCAGUGUGGUUUAUCUAGGGGGGGCGAGGAAAGACAGUCUUUGGGCAGGGCAAGGAGGGUAUAUGCCUAGUUAAAACUUUUAAUAUGCUUUUUAAUAAAUGUCAUGGUUUUAUUUUUAUUUGAUUUAAUAAUUACAGAUUUUUAAAUAAAUAAUCGUAUUCUAGUUUUAAAAAUUUGCGGUAUUAUUAUAAUUAUUUUGUUUGCUCUUGACCCUAAUGCAGGCCCCAAAACCUCUAGCUUAUUACUGUAUAGUUCAGUCUUAAAAACGAGCCUUUGGAGGCCCUGCUUGUCUGCAUUGUACUGGUGCAGCUGCUAGGGCUGUGACUCUAUAGCAUCAUACACCUGGCUGCAGUGCUUGCUAGGAUGUGAGAGGCUGAAGACGCAUUAGCAUCAGCUGCAGUCACUGCUGGGACCAGCGUCCCCAUGCUGAGCUGUUACUGGGAUCACUGCGACCUUGUGUCUGGCGUGUUAACCUUAAAUAUUGGAGACCUUAAAUCAGAUUUUAUCCCAGAGCCAUCCCAGUAUGCCAGGAUUACAGGGUUGUACAUGCAGUCCCCCUGGAGGUUACUGAGACGUUAGAGGGACAUUUACACCCUAAAUAUGACAUUCACAUUUUAAAACCUGGCAAUGUUACACUUACAGUAGCACUUUACAUCGCCUUAAUCCGUGGCUGCCCAACUGGCAGGGAUUGCUGGGAGUUGUAGUUCCCCCAACAGCCGAGGGGAAAAGAUGACCGAAGACCAGCUCUCUGAAUGCGAAAUCGGCUUUUUUCAGUCAUAAUACGGUUUAAAAUCGAUUUAUUCUAGAGCAGUGUUACCCAAACUUGGCCCUCUCACUCCCCUAACAGGACAGGUUUUAAGGAUAUCCAUGUCUGAGCACAGAUUAUUAAAACUAAUGAUUAACUGAGGUACUAAUUAAGUCAGUGCUGCUCAAGCAUGGAUAUCCUUAAGACCUGGACUGUUAGGGCAGUUUGAGAACCAAAUUUACCCGUGAUGUUUUGGGAAGGGAGAGGCCAUUUUAAGAGCAGAAUUUUGACACUUGAACAUAAUUGAAAAUAAAUAUUAAAUAAAUAAAAUUCUAGCUGAUUUCUCCCCCUCCCCCCAUGUCCUUAUUCAGACAUGUUAUGUGAAAGGUGUAAAUGUCCCAUUAAAAUAAAGUUUUUUAGUCUGUUCUACUUUACAUUGAAGAGUUUGGAUGAUGUUUGCCUUUCCUUAGCCCCUCCUCUUUCCGUGAUGUCACUAUGUGCGGAGCAGGAUCUCGCACAGUGCCUAGAUUUUACCCCCAACCCUGCCCACCCACGGUUAAGUCCUCAGGAAGGGAUAGGGCCUAGAAAAUCUGUCGCGUACGGGCCUUUUCUCCUUCAUCCACUUGGGAACACUGGAGCAUAUACACUGGGGUAUAGACGGGUGGAUGAGUGGAGCCUGCCACUUUAUUUUCAGGGUGAUGCUUACUCUCCUCCUAAUGCUUUUCAGUCUUUGCUUUCCAGCUGUUUCCAGGAUGUUCGGCGAGCCGAACGGUGCAAAUCACAGUCUGGUUUAUAGGGCUCAGCAGAAUCUAGCACCACUUUAAUCGCUAACCAUCUACUGUCCACUAUUUCGAGGUCCUUUCUCAGAAUGUAAGCCCAGUAAUUUGGGUUCUGUUCCCAUCUGGUUAUGGGACGGUGACGGAAGAAAUACGCAUGAGACCUACAAAUCAGGGAGCUUCAUCAGCAUGCAAACACCUUGCCAGAAACAGUCAUUAUUUUGUACAUUUUGUAAAAAAAUAAAAUAAAUAGAUUUAAAAAAAAAAUUACUAACAGAAAAGUAUUUCCUGGACUUUCCUGUUCUCAGUUCUGUAUUAUAACAGUUGAUAAAUAUUAUUCUUAAUCAAA